CGAGAUAGAGAGCGAGAUUGAUUGGCGAGCUUUAGAGAGAGAAAAGCAGAGAUUGUUGAGAGAGAAGCAGAGAGAUGGCUAGUGGAAUCGCUCGUGGACGUUUGGCCGAAGAGAGGAAAUCGUGGAGGAAGAAUCAUCCUCAUGGUUUUGUGGCGAAACCGGAGACUGGGCCUGAUGGAGCUGUGAAUCUAAUGGUGUGGCAUUGCACUAUUCCUGGUAAAGCCGGUACUGAUUGGGAAGGUGGAUUCUUUCCCUUAACGAUGCACUUCAGCGAGGACUAUCCGAGCAAGCCUCCCAAAUGCAAAUUCCCACCAGGCUUUUUCCACCCUAAUGUCUAUCCGUCAGGGACAGUCUGUCUUUCCAUCCUUAACGAAGAUUCAGGUUGGAGACCAGCCAUCACAGUGAAGCAGAUUCUUGUCGGUAUUCAAGAUUUACUUGACACACCUAAUCCCGCUGACCCUGCACAGACUGAUGGUUAUCAUCUCUUCAUUCAGGAUGUAGUUGAGUACAAGAAAAGGGUUAAGCUGCAGUCCAAGCAGUAUCCUCCAAUUGUUUAGAAACCUUCGAAGGGAAACACCAAAUCUGAUGACAAACUUUUAAAUCUUUUGUGGUUUUUGUGUCGUUGUGAUUGUCUUUAAAUGUCAUCGGGUGAAUGAAAACUCCUCAUUUUGCCACCUUUGAGACACUACUAGAAUCUCUAUUAUUUUCGGAAAAACAAAAGAAUCAUCUUUUUUCUCUCUAUGAACUGUUAAUAUUCUUGGUGCUGAUUCAGUUGGUGUUUGCUU